AUGCUAAAGCCACUAGUACCAUCAUGGCUUACGAAAGAGCAAAUGCAGAGAGAGCACGUUGGCUGUGUGAGGCCAAUCUUCCAGCUGACGAGAAAUCGACGGUUUUGUACCUGGCACACAAAUCACAAUCCGCGGGGAGUGGAGCUCUGGCGAAGAUUUCGGCAGCGUAACGUACUGACCGGGGGAAGCUUUUCUCCAAUGGAAAGACAGCUCUCGGGGGAUUUGAUGAAGUCGAAGAAAAGAGAAGAAGUUGCUUUGAGACAAAAGCCAAAAAUGGUGGAUCUCUCAGUCAUAAAGAAGCUAUUCGAAGGGCCCUCCAACAAUCCGAAAUCGGAAAGGGACGUUCUCGUGAUUGCUCUUUCCUUCUUUGCUCUGCUCAGAGCAGGAGAAGCCGCGGAGUUGAAAUGGGAAGAUGUCGAAAGGAACGGCGGUCUGUUGAAGAUCACAAUCAAAAAAGCGAAAAACGAUCAACAUGGACUGGGAAGAAACACUUUUGUAGCUUGCCCAGAAGGAGAAGAUCUCGAUUGCUUAUUGAACCGCUGGAAAGUACGAUGUUCUACGGGUAAAUAUUCUUCGGAAUAUUUAUUUCCGAAUCUCCAAAACGGGACACAACUCAAGCCAAACGCGAUUUCUACGAUCACAAGAAAACGAUUGGGGGAAGCAGGCGUGACGGCAACCCAUCACGCUUUAAGAAGAGGAUCAGCGAACGAACGGGAGUUUAGAGGACUCUCAAUUGAAGAAAUCAAAGCAAGAGGUCGUUAG